AUGUCAAUAUCGUCUGUAUUCUGGUUGACGUGGAAAGUUGCAAAUGAUGUUUUGACAUAUGAAUCUAAAAGAAAAUAAGAUGGAAUAUGUAAAUAAAAUUGUCCAUUUUCCAACGAAAUAAUAUAUUUUUUAAUUCGAUUUUAUUACUUCAAGCAUUGUUAGCUAGUUAAAAUGAAUAAGGCUCCUCGUCAGGACCCUGGGGAGGAUCCUCCUCCUCAAGGAAGCUCUUCAGAGCAAAGAGCAGACUCCCCAGAUUUAGAAGAACAGCUCGUUCAUCAACAGACUGUAAUAGCCCAGUUCAAGGAGAUGUUACAGAAGACUGAUCAGAGCAGUGUCUCUCAGGAAAAAGUUGAUAGAUAUGCUUCAACCUUGUCGAAGAUGACUAUGAGAGCUAAAAAGAGUAAAUUGAAAAAAGAGAGUAGUUCUAGCACUUAUAUAAAGGGUGCAAGCAAAUCGGGAAUAGAGACACCUGUUAAUGAAAAAAUAACUUUACUUAGGCAACAAUUGGAAGAAAACAAGGUGAAAUUAGCAGAAAGGGGCAAGAGUCAAAAAGAUAUAGAAGAAAUGGUACAUCAGUUGAAAGCACAGUUUGAUGAUUCAUUUCAGCUUAUUCAUGAUACUUCUUCAAAUUUUUCUAUUUUAGAACCAAAAACAGAUUAUAAUAAAAGUAGUAGCUCAGAAGAAUUGUAUAAUAUUUUAAUAACAAAGGAUAAAAAGUUAACAGAUUUACAAUCUAAAAUUCAGAGACUAGAAGCAACAGUUCUUGAUUUACAAGAAAAUCUUAAAGAAAAAGACUGUGUUAUUGAUGCCCGAACUAAAGCCAUUACCUUAAUGUCUGAAAGUCUUUCAAAAAAAAGUAAGAACACACAGGACACUUUGGAUGAGACCAAAAACCAUAUGAGAGAAAUGCAAGAAAAUUUUGUAAAGUUAGAAAAUGAGAUGAAAUCUAGACAAAUUAAACUUCUAGAUGACUUGAGAUUAAAAAAUUUGGAAAUAGCAGAACUAGAGGAAAACUUGAAAAUCCAAAAUCUUAAUGCUUCAGAUAUUUCAACUGGAAUUGAUUUGAAGAAAGACAAUGAAGAUUUAUUACUUAAAUUGAAAAAUUUAGAAGCUAUAAACAAUGAUUUAACUGAAAAAAAUCUUGAAAUCUCAAAAGCAAAUGAUGAUUACAGAAAUCAAUUGAAAGAAUUAAGAGAAACAAAUGAACUUGAAUUAGAUGUGAAACAAAAACUCAUUAUUGAUCAAGAAAAAAUAAUUGAAGAUCUUAAAUCUAAUACUUCUUCCAAAUCAAACACAGAUGAAGUGGAAAAACUCAAAAAAGAAUUAGAUGACCUAAAUAAGAACAUGAUCAAGGUGAAAGCAGAGCAUAAAAAGAAAAUCAAGCUCCUGAAUAAAAAAAUUGAUGGUUUUAAAAAGAUAGGGGACCUUAAUGCUCAUAUUGUUAAAUUGAGUGAAGAAAACGAUACUUUGAACGAAAAAAUCGCUGAACUUGAAGAAGAAAAAGGAAAUUAUCAAUUGAAAAUGAUGGACGAACAGACGUCAAAAGAUUCUACUGGAAACUCUUCUGAAGAAUUGGAAGCAAAGGUUAAAGAAUUGUCUGAAAGAUUACAAGUGAAAUCAGUAGAAAUGGAAAGUUUGCUUAUAGAUAACACCUCUAUGAAGCAGCAAAUUGAAUCGUUGAACAAAAGUUUAGAGGAAUUCUCGGAUAUUCAUAACAAAAAAGUAACUUCUGAAAUAUCGUCUAUUCAGUAUGAAGAAAAAUUGCAGAAGGAAAUGGAGGAAAUAAUGGCAUCCAAGGAAAAACUACAAACUGAAAACAUUGAAUUGUUAGCUAAGAUUGAAAUCUUAAUGAAAGAAAAAUCAGAACUACAUUCAAAACUAGAACAAUACAUCCAAGAAAAUAUGGAAUUGAUUGACAAACUAGAAAAAAUGAGCACUGAAAAAGUGUCAUCUGCUGAAUCCAUUGAAAUUGUGGAAAAUUUAACCAUGCAAGAGAAACUAGAAUUGGAGGAAUAUCAAAAAAAUCUUGAUCCCCAAAGUGGAAAGCUGAAAAUAAGUGAGGAACAUCUAGAGGAAAAUCCUGAUUUAAAUGAUAGUGUCAAUCAGUUGACUGAAGAAACAUCUGAGCUUCUUCAAAAAAUUGAACUGUUCACUGUUGAAAGAAGAGAAGUUAUGGAAAAAAUGGAGUCUUUAACAACAGAAAAUGCUCACUUGAGUCUCAAGUUGAAACAAGUUGAAAAUAAUAGCGAACUACUAACUGAAACUUAUGAACAACUCCAAAGUGAGAAAGAAAAACUUGAUGAAAAAUUAGAUUCUUUGCUGAAAGAAAAUGAACAGUUGAAACAAAAAGUUGAAAAAGUUGAGCAUGAUUCCAAUGUAAAUGAAAAUCAGAAUCUUAAAGAAAAGUUAUAUGAUUUAGAGGGAGAAUAUAUCAAAUUAGGCGAAGAGAAUGAAAUGUUACAAAAAGAACUGAAGCAGCAAUCUGAAAAGAUGUAUGAAAAAAAUCAAUUGGAAUUCGAACUGAAAGAAGCAAAUAAUAAAUUAACUCAAUUUGAAGUAAAAAUGACUGAAAACCUUGAAGAGAUAAGAACAUAUCAAUCGGUUAUAGAAGAUAACAAGGAAGAAUUCAUAAGAUCUGCAGCUCAUCUUAAUGAAUUGAAAGAAGUUAUUGCUAAAAAAGAAUUUGAAAUAGAAACAUAUAAGUCAGAAGUAGAAAACUUGAAUAUGACAAUUAACAAUUUCAAUGAAAAAAUAAAUGAACUGGAGAAACAAUAUGCAAUUAGUAAAGAAAAGGAAACAACAUUGGAGACUAUGGAAAAACAACUAAGUAGUUUAGAGAAGGUUUUAAAUGAGAACUUGGGACAGAUUGCUGAUUAUGAAAGUGAAUUAGAAGAGAACUCUAAUUUGAUCAAGCAACUCAAUCUACAACUAAAGCAGCUAAGUACUAAAAAUUUAGAGUUGCAAAAUAUUUUUGACCAAAAUAAUGAAGAAAAGGAAAAAAUAAUUACCAAAUUGCAAUUAGAAAUAAAAGACCUGGAAUUGCAAAUUAAAUCUAAGGAUGAAAUGUUCCAUAAAGUCUCAAAUGAAAUGAAAGAUAAGUUCCUUUCUCUUCAAAAACAAACUGACAUCAAUAGUGAAUCUCUCGAGGAUAUAAAACAACCUCUACAAAAGAAGGUCGAAGAACUUUCAGCUAAAAAUGAAGCACUUGUUUUGAAAAUGAAAAAAAUUGCUGCAAAUUUGAAAAAGAAAACUCAAAACUGCCAAGAACUAGAACAACAAUUCAACUUAUCUCAAGAGAAAUGGGAAAAUGAAUUGAAGGAAAAAGAUAUGUCCUUGAAAGAAGCAGAGCAAGAAAUCCAACAACUAAAAAUGAAAACAGAAAUGUAUCAAUCUGAAAUUAAUCUUUUAAAACUUGAGGUUGAUGAGAAAGUAGAGAAAAAUAUUUUGCAGGGUCAAUCAGUGCCAGUUAAAAGCGAAAUGAGUCUCCAUGAAGAACUUUUAGGAAGUAAUUUUAUUCAAGAAGCAUUCACACAAGGUAGUGACACUAAAAUUAAGGAAUUGGAACUCAUUAUUGAAACUCAACAAAAUGAUUUGAGUUCUUACAAAGAAAGAAUUAGCACUCUAGAGGAAAUGUUAUCUAAAAUCGAUGAAAAAAGGGAAACAUUGGAACAAAAAACCAAUGAAUUGGGUGUUCAGUUAGCUGAAAAAUCUCAAAGCUUUGAAGAAAUUUCCAAAACAGAAGAUUUAUUAGAAGAAAAGCUUGCAAACUUAUCAAAACAUAAUAGUGAAAUGGAAAAACAACUAGAAGAACUCUCUGCAAAUAAUGGAAAAUUAACUACUGAAAAUGUCAAACUUAGAGAAUCUGCGAAGAAACUCAAACAGAAGCUAAUUAUCGCCCAAGAACGAGUAAAUGAAUUGUUAGUUAUAAAAGAAAACUCAUCAAAAAUAGAAGAAGACUUAGAAAAGUCUAGCAGUCAUAUCAUAACACUAGAGCAAGAUUUGCGAAAGUUUGAACUUGAGAAGGUUCAAUUGCAAGAAUCUGCAAAAAUAGAUCUUGAAAAGUUGGACAAUGAUUGGCAGCUUCAAUUUGAUUCGGUAGUGAGAGAAAAAUCUGAACUCUCAAUUCUUUGUGAAAAACUAAAUGAAAAAAUUUCUGAAUUGACCGAAUCCGAACAGAUUUUAUCUGAUAAAGUCAAAGAUUUAGAAGCAAAGCUAGAAAAAAGUUUUGAACUUCAAGAGUCUAGUGAUUUCGAACUAAGAUCACAAAGAAGUGAUAUACAAACUCUAAAAGUUGAAAUAGACAAGAAAAAUGAAGAAAUUGAUAAUCAUAUAAUCGAAAUAAGAAACCUACAAUCUACAAAACAGAUUGAGUUGAAUUUCGUCAAUGAAUUGAAAAAGGAAAAUGAAAUUUUGAAAGAAAAGGCAAAUGAAAUAUCACAGCAGUUGAUUAAUAUGGAAAGUCUCCUUGAAACUGCCAAAAAAGAAGCAGAUGAAUUGAGGUCAAUAAAUGAGAAACUUCAGAAUGAAGUCUCUGAAUUGUCAAAUUAUAAAGAGUCUCAAGGUGCAAAACCAUUGUUCACUUGGACAAGUCAAGAAAAAGAUUCUUUCGAUUUAGAUCCACCAAUUUCAGAAGCACAAAGUUAUACUAUUUCCCAAGGUGAACCUAAUGAAGAAAAGGAGGUUAUGCUUCCUUCAAACACAAAAGAAGAACUUCUACAAAAAAUCAAAACUCUUGAGUUCAUGUUGAAAAAUGUGGAGAUUGAAAGAGAUGAGGUAAUCAAUCAAUGCACUCACUUAUCAAAUGAACUCAUGAAUAUGGUUUACAGUCAAAAUAAUGAAAAAGAAAAGACAAUCAUGAAUUUGCAGAGUACCCAGGAUCAAAUUCCAAAUUUGCAACCUGUAAAUGAACCCGCAUGUGAAAAAAAAACUGCUUACUUAUGCUAUCCGGAUGGUAAAACUGAAGAAAAUGAAAAUGUUCUUCAUUCAGUAGAAUCACAACUUGUUUCAGAAGCCCUCAUUGAACCAUCUGUAGCUGAAUUACAAGAAAUUGAAUUCACAAAAACAAGAGAUAUAACUGACUCUACAAAUCCGUUUUUAGAAGAUCCAAUUCAUAAGAAAGAAGCAUACUUGUGCCAUCCUAAUGAUGCUGAAGUUCCUAUCUCUCAACCAGAAUUCUCAAAUCUCGUUGGAAUUAAUCCAGAUCAUCUGAAUAUAGAUACUUUUGGUGAAAACGAUGAUGGUUGGGGUUGGAGCCCUGAAGAAGCAAAACUAGAAGAACUUCAAAAUCAAAAGUUCGAAAGUGACCCUCUUCGUUUAAGAAUUGUUGAGCUUGAGGAUAAUAUGAAAGCAAUGGAAAUUGAAAACGAGAAUAAAAAGAAAGAAUUCCAAGAAUUACAGAUCAAAUCUGCUAAAUUAAUAAAGAAAUUAAAAGAAUUGAAAAUACAAAAUGAAAAACUCCAAAAAAAUAAACAAGAUGACAGUGACAUGUUUAAUUUAGAAAGUGCUAUUCAAGAUGAAUUGAAAACACAAAUUGAAACAUUAGAAAAGAGGAUUAAAGAAGUCGGAAAUGAAUUGAUUAAAGAGAAGAAUGAAAAACAAAUCUUACAGAAAAAAAUUGAAACAAUUUCUUCAUCCAAUCAAAGAAUGACUGAAAUGAAAGAAAAGCAGGAUAUUGAAAUUUUGAUGUGGCAGAGAAAAACUGAAGACUUAAAAUCCAAACUAGACCAGUUUGAAUGGGGUGAGAGUGAAGGAACCCCCGAAAAAUCUAAAAAACCAUUUAAUCCAGAUAAGAUCAGCGAAUCAGAUAUUCUGAAACUUCAAGCUUCAGUGGCAGAGAUGACUGAAACAAUCAAAGAACUCACUUUAGAUAAUGAAGAGUUACAAGUUCUGUUAGAAGAACAACGAACACUUCGAAUAACUGCAGAAAAAGCUAAAUCUGUUGAACCAAUUCCUGACAACAUGAAAACUGAAAGUGAAUAUAUUGAAGUGGUCAAUCAAAAAAAUUUCCUUGAAAAUGAACUUGAUAAAAUUGUAAAAGAAAGGAAUAAUCUUAGUGAAGAGCUUAAUCGAGUCAAUUCAAAAACAGAAGAAGAAUUUAAAAAUAUCAUGAAUCAAAAAUUGGCAAUAGAAGAAAAUUUUGAGAAAAUCAGUUCGGAAAAUGGAAUAUUACAAGCUGAAAUCAACCAGUUGAUCACAAAUAUGAAAAGUGAAAAUGAAUAUAAGGAAAUAAUUGAUCAAAAAGAGAUACUUGAAAAUGAACUAAAAGAAAUUUCAAUUGAAAAGAAAAAACUUCAAGAUGAUUUGAACCAUAUCAUCCAAAGAAAUAACGAGCAAACAAUAGAUAUACAAAAAUUGUUACAAGAAAAAUCAGAAAUGGAAAAAGUUAUUGCAGAGAAAGACACUCUAGUAAAAGAACUUAUGCUUAAUUCUGAACAGAAUAACAUGGAAAUCAGAGAAUUGAAAGAAUUAGAAAAUAAAAAAGCUCAAGCUGAGUUUGAAGUGAAGCAAUUGCUAGAGAAAGUAAGUGAGUUUGAAAAGAGUCAUUAUGAGUUCAAGUCUCAAUUGGAUAAUUCUCUUUCUAAGGAAAAAGCAUUAGAAGAAGAGGUAAUGAAUAAAAAUAACGAAAUCCAAUUUUUACAAAAAGAAAAGGAACAUUUGUUGCAAGAUUUAAACAAAAAAGAUAUCGAAAUUGAAAGUAUGAAAUUGAGAAUUGAGAAAGAUUCUUCAGCUUUGAAAACUGAAUUUGAUAACCAAACUACAAACAUUGAACAUUUAAUAAAAGAAAAUCAGGACCUUACAUCACACCAGAAACUAUUGGAGGAACAAAUUGAAAUUCUUUCCAAACAAAUACAAGCUAAAAAUGAAGAAUGUCAGGUGCAGAUGGAAAAGUUGAGUCAAGAGUGGCAAAUUCUGGUAGAUCAACGUGGUAGUGAUGUUGCAGAAAGUUGGAAACUUCAUUUAGACAUGAGAGAAACAGAAUUUGGACAAUUAGAAGAACAAUUAAAAAAAGAACUCAGUGAUUUGGAAGAAAAGUGCAAUAGUUUAGUGAAUGAGAAUAACGAAUUGAGAAAAAAUGUUGACACAGAAAUAAGAAAUGAGGUUGAUAGAGUAUCUGCUUUACAACAACAGAUAAAUGAUCGCCAACAAUAUAUCCAAGAGUUAUCGCAAACCCUUAAAGACAAAGAACUACAUAUUGAAAAUAUAGAACAACAAAUUCUACAACUUCAAAGUAAUAUCAAUAGCUUGCAAGCUAUAACUGAUGAGAAGGAUGUGAAAAUAAAUGAAUUGCAAAUUAUAAUAGAUACCACACAGAAACAGUUUAAUGAAAAAAGAAUAAUUGUUGAGGAUGUUGUUCAUAUUUUAGAAGAGAAAAGUUUAUCUCCAAUAUUAUUCGAUCUUGAAAGCAUAAAAACAGAACUAAGGAGGCAAUUAAGUACUGUAAUUAGUCCAGAACACUUAUCCAACUUAGAGAAGGACUUGAUAAAUAAAGACUCCCUAAUAUCGAACAUGAAAAACGAAUUAUCAUCAAAAGAAAAUGAACAAGUAAUUUAUGAAAGUACUAUAAAGAGUCAUUCUACAGAAAUUAUAAAAUUAAAAGAACAAAUUGAAAGUUUGAACAUGGAAGAUAAAAUUAAUGCUUUGAGUUCAGAGUUGAAAGAUAAGGACAUUCUGUUGUUGAAUAUUCAAACUGAUUUAAAUACAAAAAUGAAGGAACUUGAAGAGUCCUCACUUAUAAUUGAAAAAUAUAAAACAAUGAUUGAAGAAAAAGAAAAUGAAUUGAAAAAACUUAGUGUUGAGCUGGCAGAAAGAGAAGGAAUAAUUGUAAAUCUGAAUUAUCAACUUGAGGAAACUAGAAACUUAAAAGCAAGCGAUGAUGAAAGUACUCAAAAUUUGCAAUAUAGUCUUCAACAAUGUCGGUUGCAAUGUGAUCAGUUGAGAUUGACUUUGGAUGAGAAGUGUUCAUUGAUAGAUGUAAUGAAUGCCGAACUUGAAAAACAACACAGUCUUCAUGUAGAAAGAGAAAAUGACAUGGAAAGAUUAAAGGUUUAUGUUGAUGAAUUACAAAAAACGCAUAUCAACGAGAAGGAUAUAUUGGAAAAAAAUAAAAACGAAAUAAUAGCAACACAAGAUCAGGAAAUGAUCAGUUUACGGAAUCAACUGAGCCAAUCACAAUUUUGUUCUGAAGAAUUGAAAUCAGAGAAAGAAAUGGCUCAAGAAUCUGUUAACUAUCUUCAAUCUCAAAUUGAAGAACAAGGUAGAAACAUUGUAGAACUAAAUUUCCAAAUAGAAUCUUAUAAGAAACUUAAUGAUGAACUUGCCGAAAAAUUGAACGAUCUAGAAAAUUUCCAAAAGAAGUAUGAGGAGCAGAAUAUUAUCCUGAAUGAAGAAGAAAAACAGAUGGACGAACUCAGAGCGAUCAUUGAAACUCAAGUUGUUAAGAUUGAAGAUUUAAAACAUAAACUAUAUGAGAAGAGUAACGAUUAUGAUUCUCUGAUUGCUGAAUUAGAUAUCAGAAAAAGUGAUUUGAGGGUUGCAGAUCAAGAAAUAAAACAACCGAUUGGUCAAGGGAGACCUGUAGGUCCUACUUCUACCGAUGAUCUGAAUGAUUGGGUUACCAGGUCAGAAUUGGAUAUUGCUCUCUAUAUGUUGCAUCAGAGAGACGUGAGGUGUGAAGAAUUAACAGUUGAACUAACACAACUUUUGGAAGAAAGGGAUACUCUUCAACUUCGACUCUCAAAUGCUUUGAGAGAAAAGGAAGAAUACAGAGUAAUGGCCGAUGGCGACAAAAUAACUGACAUUUCAGCAGAUAUCAGGAGCUCGCCAUCUAAAGGUGCAAUACCUAAGGGAAAGGUGUCUGAUAUUGUUUUAAGUGCCAGCGGCGCAGAAGUAGCUACUGAAGCUCAAGAGGGUUCCGUAAAUAUUUCGGAAAAUCAACUUGAAAAUAAGUUAUCAGAGCUUAAAAAUAUUGGGUACAAAAGAGAUAAAACAUUAUUGGAUGAACAGCAACAGAGGAGGUUACAGCAGUUGUCAAUUAUGCAACAACACAUUGAAGAAGCCUCCAAGUUACCACCAGAAGCAGCAGCUCGAUUGGUUGAUGCCAACUAUACAUUGUCUCGUGAUGUUCAGAGUCCUUCCAAAGUUCUCCUGAAUUGGUUAUGGGGACGAAGCACUCCAAAAGUGAAUGAUUUAUAAAUAGUUUAAUUUGUGCCUACUAACUGUUUAUAAUUGUGGUUGAGUGAGAAUGUGAGAGUGAAACAACACUUAGAUAAGCUAUUAAAAGUUUUGUAUAAAUUUUUAUCGUCUUGUUUUGAAUUGUAUUAUAAGAGCAUUUAUCUUUUGAAAAUAUUUAUGUUAAUGGAAAUAUUUCGAUUGGA